UUGAAUUGUUACGUUAUAAUUUGUCAUUUGUGCUUCUAACCUUACUUUAUAAGCAAAUAAAAAUCAAAAAUUUACGUUCUAAGCACCAAAUUUUAAACUUAUUUGUAUGAAAGUGCUUUGUAAAGAAACAAGUUCAAAAAUUGAACUCAUAAAAUAGACUAAAAUAGAAUUUAAUAUUUUGCUAAUAAAUUACAAACUAUCGAUGUCUAACAGCAAAGGAGCUUUAGAUUUCUUGUCGAUUUAUGAUGAUGGAGAAAGUUCUGAUGAUGAUGUACCUGGUUGUAAUGUCUCAACAAAAAGGUGUCUCAAAGAGGCAUUUGAAGAGGAAAAACCAAACAAAAGAUUACAAAUAAGAUUGCCCGUACCAAAUCUUGUUAUCAAUCAGGUUAAUUUGAAUCCAGUUCCACUAGAUGAUCCAAAACAACAUGAUGGAAGGAUCAGGUCAUUUCCGCAUGAGCGAGGAAAUUGGGCUACAUAUGUGUAUAUUCCAUAUGAGUCUAAUUCAUUUGUAUUCGAUUUGGCUAAUACUGUUAUAAAUCAUGUACCAACAAUAAAACUACAAUUAGUGGAUGACUUUCACAUAAGUUUGACCAAAACAGUAGUGCUAAGGUAUCAUUGGAUUGACCUUUUUAUUCAGUCUGUGAAAGAAAAUUUACUGUCACUUAAAAGGUUUGUUAUAUUUUUUGAUACUUUGGAAGUGUACUGCAAUGAAGAAAGAACCAGAACUUUUGUAGGAUUAAAAGUUGCCACUGGAAUUAACACAAUUGUGAAUAUUGUGCAAAAAUUGGACAGUUGUUUAGAAGAAUUUAAAUUAUCUAAGUUUUAUAAGUUUCCAUCUUUUCAUAUGAGUGUGGUUUGGUGUGCUGGUGAUUAUGAAAAGGUCUUGAAAAACGUUUUGUCAGAAUUAAAUGCCUUAACUAUGGAAACUAGGACUUCCCACCCAGACACAAACUAUUUAUUAGUUGAUAAAAUAAACUGUAAAACAGGAAAUAAGAUAUUUACAUUUAAUCUCCAGUAAUACUUUUUUCAUUAUAAAUAUUGUUAUUAACUGUGAUAUUAAAAACUUAAGUUUGACAAUAAAAGUCUAAAAUUAUUA